UAGUUCAAACGGAAAAUGCAUUGGAUGCAUAAAAAUAAAAGUUGCACUGAAACAAUUUUCCUUUACACACGUACAAAAAUAUAAUAAUAAUAAAAAGAAAAAAGAGGGGCUUUUUAAAAAAAAUAUUAUUGGGAUGUUCCUGGCUCCUCAUUCCAUAUAAUAUGUAGGCUAUCAGUCACAAUAUGCAUUGCAGAACGUUGAAUAGCUUACAUACAGUGAUUCUGGUCCAUCACAUGUAUCUGUGGAAGCAUCUGUGGAGCUGAGCAUCUCCAGCAGCUUUCCCAGCACGUGCGCGAGUGCUGAGCCAUGAAACAGUGAUGCUGGAACUACUGCGCCACCCGCAUGAGCGCCAAAGGAUUGCAAGCACUCAGCGCAUUUAAAACCCCCUGCAAAGCACUGGGGGACUUACAGUGCGAAUUUGACUCUGACUGAGUAAAAGUUCGCCCGGGAUUUUCUUGUGGACAGUAGGACAGAUAUAGAAAAACAUGGCAAACAAAGGACAGCAGCCUCCCUACCUUCACUUGGCAGAGCUGACCGCAUCCCAAUUCCUGGAUAUCUGGAAACAUUUUGAUGCAGACGGAAAUGGCUACAUCGAGGGUAAGGAGCUUGAAAACUUCUUUAGUCAGCUGGAGAUUGCACGGAGAGGGGCUGGUGUGGACCCAUCAAAUGUAGCCUUUAAAGAGAAGAUGACAGAGUUCAUGCAGAAAUUCGACAAGAACAAAGACGGGAGAAUUGAGAUGUCUGAGCUGGCUCAGAUCUUGCCCACAGAAGAGAACUUCCUCCUGUGCUUCAGACAGUUUGUGGGAUCCAGCACUGAAUUCAUGGCUGCCUGGCGGAAAUAUGACACAGACCGCAGCGGCUUCAUUGAGGCUAAUGAACUUAAGGGCUUCCUCUCUGACCUGCUUAAAAAGGCAAACAGACACUAUGAUGACCAAAAAUUGCAGGAAUACACACAAACAAUACUCAAGAUGUUUGAUCUGAAUGGCGAUGGGAAACUGGGUCUGUCUGAAAUGGCAAGGCUUCUGCCGGUUCAGGAGAACUUCUUGUUGAAGUUUCAAGGCGUCAAGCUGACUGCUGAGCAGUUCAACGUCAUCUUUGCAUACUAUGAUAAGGAUGGAAAUGGCUAUAUUGACGAGCAGGAGCUGGAUGCUCUCCUGAAGGACCUCUAUGAGAAGAACAAUAAGGAGGUGGACUCUAAGAGCCUGAAUGGUUAUAAGCAAAGCAUCAUGGCACUGUCAGACGGGGGAAAACUGUACCGCACAGAGCUGGAGAUUGUCCUUUGCCGGGAUCCCAUGCUGUGAAUCGAGGCUUCCUGACCUCCAUCUCAGCUCUGUUCCAGCUGCCUGAAUACUGUAACCGUGUGCAUGUGCCGGGCACCCUGUUCCCCUCCCAUCCCCCUCUCGAAAUCAAAUUCUGAAUGAGUGUGCACAGGAAAGCACAAAGUCUCUCCUCUCCCCUUCUUUCCUUCCCUUUCCCACACCCCGAUCGCCACUGCUUUCCUUUGCCUACAAUGCUACAACGAUGCCCUCUGCUCAAUUUCUAAACUAUAUAUUUCAAGAAGAAUCUUUCUGAAAGAGUAGCAGAUUAAUGGUAUAAUAUGGUUAGAUAUGUGAUAUAUUUAUUUGGAGUGCUUGGCUUCAAAUUCUUCUGGUUUCUUCCCUUCCGUUUGGUUUGUUUUUGACCUCAUUUCAUUUCAUUCCUGCCCAAUUAUGUUUGGGUUUGUGGUGUUUUUUGGCUGAUACUGUUUAAGGAUGUAACUAAGAGCAUUAAUAAAAGUUAUGUGAUAUAAA